AUGUCGACAGAUUCCGAGUCGGAUUACUUCGAUGAUGACGACUUCGUAGUCCCUGGAACCCCAGAUGGGUCCCCACGCCCCGCAAAACGCCGCCGCAUUCGAAACAGUGGGAAAGAGCGCGAAGGUCAAGAUGACGGUUCUUCAAUCGACUCGUUCUCUGAUAUGGAGAACGACGACUUACCCUCCGGUCGGCACCGAGAAUCGCCUCUUGGUUUUGAAGAAUACCAAAACCGCCCGAAAAUCAAGAGCUGUGUACUGAAGCAAGCUAAUGUCCAGAAUGACAUGUUCGUCACACAACUCACACAACCCUCCUCAAGUCCAGAACGAAUACGCGGUCCGCGAUGGCAGAAGCCUGUUACAAAACCUCCUACGCCAAAAUUCGAAACUAGAGGACAAGAUGGUGGUAGUGGACGGGAGAAUAAUUAUACCCAUGAUGAUGAUGAGGAGUUGAUGGCCGCUAUUGCAGCUUCCUUAGAUUCAUUUGAGGAAGAGAAGACUACCAGAGCGGUAAUUCAACCGCUAAGCGUGUCAAACAAUAAUGCUACGAGAAAACUUGCCCCGCCGACAAAGACAAACACGCAUAUCUUAGCGGAUGUCCCAUUUGAGCUGGAGGACAUUCCUGAAGGUGCAUUUGAUUCGUCGCCAUCAUUGUCACCGGUAGCACGACCAGUCCAGGCUGCAGCUUCGCAAUUCAGUCAAACACGAGGCCUAAUUCGACAACCACAUCUCCGACAAAGUACAUUGUUCGGCAUGAUUGCUCCAAAUCCCGAGAUGGUAGUACCGAGCGACCAAGACUGGGGCCCGUCAACGAAGACCGAACCACCAACCCAACACAAACUUGUGACAGAAGCUCUAGAUACAUGGCUAUACCCGACAAACUUGGGGAAAACCAGAGAUUACCAGUUCAACAUCACUCAGGCAGGCCUGUUUCAUAAUCUACUCGUGGCAUUACCAACGGGUUUGGGAAAGACAUUCAUAGCAGCUACAAUUAUGCUCAACUGGUUUCGCUGGACGAAAGAUUCACAGAUCAUUUUUGUAGCACCAACGAAACCCUUAGUUUCACAACAGGUAUCGGCCUGCUUGGAUAUUGCCGGAAUCCCACGCUCCGAGUCGACCAUGCUCACGGGAGGGGCAUCACCGGGUAUUCGCGCCGAAGAGUGGAAAUCAAAGCGAGUGUUUUUCAUGACACCCCAAACACUGAUCAAUGACCUAAAGACCGGAAUCGCUGAUCCCAAGCGAGUUGUGUUGCUGGUCGUUGAUGAAGCCCAUCGCGCGACGGGUGCGUAUGCAUAUGUGGAGGUGGUCAAAUUCCUUCGGCGCUUCAAUAAGAGCUUCCGCGUGCUAGCGCUCACAGCAACGCCGGGCUCAACCGUCGAAUCGGUACAGGCGGUUAUUGAUGGCCUGGAUAUAGCACGCGUCGAAAUCCGCACCGAGAACUCGCUUGACAUUCGCGACUACGUGCACGCUCGCAAUAUCGAAAUCGAAACUUUUGAAAAUUCAGAUGAAAUGGUCUUCUGUAUGGACCUCAUGUCAGCAGCCUUGCAGCCCUUGCUUGACCAACUCCGGACCCUCAACGCCUACUGGGGACGUGACCCGAUGGGGCUGACAGCGUACGGUCUCACAGUGGCAAGGCAACAAUGGAUGCAGUCUGACGCUGGCCGGAAUGCCAAUUUUGGCUUAAAAGGCAAAGUGAACUCCAUUUUUACUGUUCUUGCUAGCUUGGCCCACGCUAUCGAUCUCCUCAAGUACCAUGGCAUCGUGCCAUUCUAUCGCCAUGUCCUCCAUUUCAAAUCAAGCUCCGAAGGGCAGAAAGGCGGAGGUGGAAAGUAUCAAAAGCAAGUUGUGCAGCAUGAUAGCUUCAAGAAGUUACUCAGCCAUCUUGAACCAUGGAGUAAGAAUCCAGAGUUUAUUGGCCAUCCGAAAUUGGAGUAUCUCAAGUCAGUUAUUUUGAAUCACUUUAUGGACAGGGGUGAAGGGAAAGAACUCCCUGGUAGCACUAGUCAGCCUGCGACUCGUGUCAUGAUCUUUGUGCAUUUCCGUGACAGUGCUGAAGAGGUCACGAGGGUGCUGAAAAGAUAUGAACCCAUGAUUCGGCCUCAUGUCUUUGUGGGUCAAUCAAGCGCGAAAGGCUCUGAAGGCAUGGACCAGAAGACACAGCUCAGAAUCAUUGAGGAUUUCAAGAAAGGCACAUACAACACGAUCGUUGCUACUUCCAUUGGCGAGGAAGGUUUGGAUAUUGGAGAGGUCGAUCUGAUCGUAUGUUACGACUCCUCGGCAUCGCCCAUUCGCAUGCUGCAGCGCAUGGGUCGAACAGGCCGUAAGCGGGCCGGUAACAUCACUCUGCUAUUGAUGAAAGGCAAAGAAGAAGACUCCUACAUCAAGGCCAAAGAUAACUACGAAAAGAUGCAGCAAAUGAUUGCCUGCGGCUCCCGAUUCACAUUUCACGACGAUCGUUCUGCACGCAUUUUACCCGCGGGUGUUCGACCAGUGCCCGAUAAACGACACAUCGACAUACCCCCGGAGAACUCGCAACAAGAACUCCUCGAGCCGAAACGCAAAGGGCGAGCACCGAAGCGACCCGCCAAGGUGUUCCACAUGCCCGAUGAUGUGGAGACAGGCUUCACUCGAGCCUCGACUUUGGCUGGCGGCAUACCACAGAAGAAGAAAGCCACCCCUAAAAAGAGGCCCCGGAUCCCAACACCCGAGCCUGUGGACGUUCCGUCGCUGGAGGACGUUGUUCUUAGCACGAGUGAGCAAAAUGAACUUGAAAAUCAUUACCAGAACAUUGGUGCCACUUCUCCACAAUUCAUCCGAUUUCCCCGCAACGACGCCUUUCCACGUUUGCAGCUCAUUGAAAGACCCACAAAGAACGUCAAGCAUGGAUCUCUCACGCGACGCAUGGUAAAAGCUUUACAGAAAAUGCAUGAGGCUGGCCCUGAAUGUGACCGUCGAUUCAAAGACAUUCUAGCCCGGGAGCCCCUUUCGUCAGACGAGUCUAGUCAGACGUCCCGGAAGGAUUCAACUAGGAAACCUCGACGCAGCCAAAAGCCCUUGAAAACACCAUCUAAAACUACUUCUCAGCGAACGUCCAACAAGGCCACUGCAAUACCUGCUGGCGGGGAGAUUGUUUCUUUGUUGUCUCCAGAUCGGGAACCCAAGCACAAGAACGACCCCUUUGCAAUCAUGGAUGAUGACUUCGGUGAUGAUGGCUCGGAUUUUGAGCUAAUGGAUGCUAGCCUUUUGUUCAGUAGUGGGUCUAAACCCAAGGGUCGGAAACCAAACAGACCGAUUAUUGAAGAUAGUGAUGAGUGA